CUCAAACUUAAUGUCGCUCAAGUACGUGGAGAAGUUGGAGAUUCUGAAAAGAAACACUUCCAUCUUUGCAUACAUCGGACUUGAUGACAUGAACUCUGAGGGAACAUUUGUCUGGCACGAUGAUAAAACUGUCAUUAAAACUGAAAUGAUUCGUAAAUUAUUCAAAUCAGGUGAACCCAACAACGGCAACAAUAACGAAAACUGUGCCAGGUAUGAACCCGUGAACUUUGCCCUCAACGACGCCGUCUGCUCCGACUAUAUCCGAUACAUAUGUGAAAAGUUAUGUUUUCAUUGGUAACUUGCGUUAAGCUUUGUCUACCGAUGUGAAGGCUUUGUAAAUAAAAUGUUUCUUAUUUCACGUGACAAAUGCCAGUGGCAUGAAUCAUUAUUCUAAUGUACUUUUAAACGUAUUGAUAAUAAUAAUAAUCAGGCUUGUCUUCGAGUCCGAAGAUUAAUGAGGAAUACAGUAUUUCCCGUGGCUGCGCAGCCCCAGCUGUGACCUACAUAUUUUGCCACAUUUAUUGAUAGCACUGUUAUGAAUUGAAUAGCUCUGUUUGCAUGUCGUACUUAGAACGCAAU